CACAUCGGUGCAUGUCGCAUUAACUCCUUAGGUAGAUGCCGGUUUUCUCCGUUCCGUCUUCUUAAACUCUCUAUUGUUAUCCUCAAAAUCGUCUCGUCUUCCCUACCGGCGAUCCCAUAAUAAUCUGUUCUUCUUCUAUACCCACCCAUACCAUAUCCGUAUCCAAUAUUCCAAAGCAUAGUCAAGAUGCCGGCCUGGGGCAAAGGUCUCAUGCAGUCCGACGAUGACUACGAUAUCGCCAAUGACCUCAGCGACAUGUGCGACUGCGACCUCAUAUACCCAACCGAAGAAGAGGAUAGAUCCGGCACGAUCAAAAAGCUGAACGACGGCCUGCUCUCCCAGAAGUUCGAAAAGAUCCUCUCCGGUGACUUCAAGCCAACUACCAGCCACCACAAGCGAGAGCGCAUAGCUAUCAUCUUGGGGAUGCUAGCCAUGGAGCUCGGCGUUAUCAUCGAAGACCGCCACCUGAGGGCGCUUCGAAUCCUUCGGCCCUGGCUCCCUACGCUCGAGCAGCAGUUGCAGCUGGUCACGGCGCUCGACGAGUACAAGAACGAUGGGACACCCUGGGAGACAGGUUCUAAGGGUCUUAUCGAUACAAGACGAGCUGAGGAACGAGGUCCGCAGAAGUAUGACCUGGGUGAUGAGUUCUGGUUCAGCGGCUUAGGAUUCUCUUCAGACGAGGCUCCCUCAUCAGAGAUGGUCAGCAAAGUCUGUAUGAAUUGCGGGGACAGAAAUGUCGACCUUCGCUGUGGUCGGUGCAAGAUGGUUCGUUACUGUAAUAAAAAUUGCCAGCGAUUUGACUGGUCAACUCACAAGAAAGUUUGCGAGGCUCGUGACAGCAUUCGCAAAUGCCCUGUCCCUGAUCUCAAGUAAGAUCUAGAGAUCAACCACAAGUUUUUCGUUUGUCAAUCGAUGCGUUUGAUUAUAGUUCCAUUCGAGGCAAUGUUUGAUAGUUUAGCCACACUACUGAUUCGAUAGCCUACGUCUUUUCGUUGAGAUUGAGAUCUCGGGAACGUAGUGAAACGUGAGAUGUGCCUUGCAGGAUCUUUACUAGGUAGCACGGGAGUUCGAAGAUGCACCAACUCACAAGGGAGAUAGCCCCGAAUAUAGAUGAAUUCAAUGCGCUGUGCUACUACCAUCUCGAAAUAGACGUUCGUGGGAUUUAUCUGUUCAAAGGGUAUCGAGGGAUAAUGGAUGGUUACUAAUUUAUAAAUAUCUAAUUUUAGGCAAUAUCGAAGCUGGCUGGAGUCAUCUUAAGUUAUAACGUAGUUAAUUUAUUUAAGGCUGUUAGAAGCGUGAAGGGCAUGGGUGUGAGAAUUUUAAAUAUCCAGAAGAAAGAGCAAAACCAUCUAAAGCAAGGGAAUAGAGAGAAGACCUGUUGUUAUAUUGAAAAGGUUGAAGAUAGGUAACUUGGAGCAUAUAACAAUGCUACGGUCUCAGCUCAAUCUGAUAACAUAUGUAGGUAGGUAGUGUAUAGAUAUGGUGGUAUUUUGUUUCUGGCGUUCUGUAGAUCUUCCGCGGCGAACUCGGCGGAGGGCUGAAAUUGUGUAGUAGUUGCUACCCGAUUUAGAUUUCGAUAU